UAUAUAUGCGUGAUAACAACAGAAAUUGGAAUCAUUUUCAGUAGGUAAGUUUCAGGAAAACAUUCUCAAAAUUGCAUCCUAUCUAUGACCGAAAGCUAAGUUAAAGCCAUGUGAAUGGAUAACGGUGAUUUGACGGUGAUCGGCAAGAUAGAGAGGAACACCAGGAACCAAAACCAAGGAGAUUUCAUUUUCCAUUCGCGACCAAACUUUCCAAGAUUCCCCAGCCGCGUUUUUUGCUUUUUAAACGGUACUUAACAACCGCCACCAUUUACGUUCAAACCCCAUUUACGAAACUCCGUACUUGGUCGGGCGGCGGCGGGAGUUCGGACGAAGUUUCGAGUGCCGGUGGAAGUUCGCCGAGUGGUGACGACAUCGAUCGUUCCAGUUCGAGCGGUUCUGAAGGAGCCAGUACGGUGGCUCCCAGAACCGACGACAGCCUGGAGAGUGGCCAGCAUUCAAGAGCCGGCUCGUCCACUGAUCCGCAAAGAUGGACGUACGAGAUGUUGCCGCCCACAGAGAGCGCUCAAUCUCCGGCAAAAAUCCGGGUGAAUUUUCGGCCGAACACGCUGGACCGGACUGGCACGCGACGUUUUUCCACGGCUCGAAGGAGCCGAAGCAUGAGCGCCUGGAGCGACACUUGGAAAAUGGACGAAAGGGUCCGAGUAGAAUAUUACGUCAAUGAAAAUACAUUUAAGGAACGACUGCAACUAUACUUUAUUAAGAAUCAAAGAUCUAGUCUUAGGAUACGAAUAGCUAAUCUAUUUUUAAAGCUACUUACAUGCGCUUUGUACAUAAUAAGGGUUAUCACCGAUCUCGACCCCACUUACGCAACAUGUUACGGCUGUGUACCAGGAAACAAGACGGAAUAUAUCCUGUCUGCCAACCUAACCGAAGAAAAAUUCCAAGAAAAUCCGAUCAUAAACUGGGACGCGAUUCUGUGGGUGAACCGCCCCCUGGAAUUGUGGAUCGUGCAGGUGAUAUUGGCCAUCAUCAGUCUUAGCGAGGCCCUUUUGUUGGCUUACCUCGGAUAUAAGGGCAAUAUUUGGCAGCAACUUCUGUCGUUCCAGUUUAUACUAGAAAUCAUGACCACGGUUCCGUUCGCAUUUACGAUUUUCUAUUCGCCGCUGAGGGCCAUGUUCAUUCCGGUAUUUCUCAACUGUUGGCUAGCAAAGCGCUCGUUGGAGAAUAUGUUUAACGAUCUGCAUCGAGCGAUGCAGAAGUCUCAGUCGGCCCUAUCGCAGCAGCUGACGAUACUCUCCGCGACCCUAAUUUGCCUCGUCUUCACAAGCGUGUGCGGGAUUCAGCACUUUCAAAGGGCCGGACAUCGUCACCUGAACCUAUUCCAAGCGACGUAUUACGUCAUCGUGACGUUCUCCACGGUCGGCUACGGGGAUUUCGUUCCCGACAUAUGGCCGUCGCAGCUGUUCAUGGUCAUUAUGAUAGGCGUCGCCCUGAUCGUAUUGCCGACGCAGUUCGAACAGUUGGCUUUCACGUGGAUGGAGAGACAAAAGUUGGGCGGUUCUUAUUCCUCACAUCGAGCUCAAUCUGAGAAACACGUGGUAGUGUGCAGUACCAACCUUCACGCUGACACUAUCAUGGACUUCCUCAACGAAUUCUACGCCCACCCGUUACUGCAGGAUUAUUACGUGGUCCUUUUAUCGCCGAUGGAACUGGACACGACCAUGCGCAUGAUCCUGCAGGUUCCGAUUUGGGCCCAAAGGGUCAUUUACAUCCAAGGGUCGUGUUUAAAAGACGGAGACCUAGCCAGAGCGAGGAUGAACGAAGCGAAAGCCUGUUUCAUCCUCGCAGCUCGCAACUACGCGGAUAAAGAUGCUGCGGACGAGCACACGAUCCUGAGAUCGUGGGCGGUCAAAGAUUUCGCACCUAGCGUCGCCCAAUACGUGCAAAUAUUUCGACCAGAGAACAAACUGCACGUCAAGUUCGCCGAGUACGUGGUGUGCGAGGACGAAUUCAAAUACGCGUUGCUAGCGAACAACUGUACGUGUCCAGGUGCUUCGACUCUGGUAACGCUGCUGCUACACACCUCCAGAGGGCAGGAAGGUCAACAGUCGCAAGAGGAAUGGCACCGCCUCUACGGCAGGUGCUCUGGCAACGAGAUUUACCACAUCGUAUUAGGAGACAGCAGAUUUUUCGGCGAAUACGAGGGAAAGAGUUUCACUUACGCCAGCUUCCAUUCUCACAGAAAGUACGGCGUGUCUUUGAUCGGAGUUAGACCGGCAGAACUUCCCGAAUUUUACGAGGACACGAUCCUGUUGAACCCGGGCCCCCGGCAUAUAAUGAAGAAAAGCGAUACCUGUUACUAUAUGAGCAUCACCAAGGAGGAAAAUUCAUCGUUCAGCGUCGCCAAUCACCAGACUAACAACAACACCUCCACGGACCCGGUGGUCGUCGCCGUAAAAGAAGAGGACAAACGCCCCGCCCCUAACUUUAAAGACGGUACCAGUCCACCUCAACUUAUACUGCAAGUCCCCACUUGUGUCACGAAAUUUCCCGACACCGUCGGUACGAACGAUUCGAAACACUGCCUGAAGGAGUCGUCUUCGCCGGGGUCCGUUACGUUCGAGGUGACUGGCAAUCAUCUCGAUAUUCCCAGGGGCGGAGACAAUCCGAACCUGUUAAGCCCCGAAAUAAUAAACCAGAGACGAAAUUCCCGUAGGCCGAGUAUCCUACCGGUUCCGGACAUGUUUACCGGCAGCACGAUCAACAUAUCGCAAGACGUCACGGACGAAGUGGACGAAAGCGAGGACGAGCUAGAAGACGACGUUCCCUGGAGAUCGCCUAGCGAAAAGAUAGCGUCCAGUCUAAGUGACGAUUCCCUGGAUUCGGAAAGACUAGCAUGGCAUGACGAAUGCAUUAGCAUCGUGAAAGGAUUCCCGCCGGUGUCGCCUUAUAUCGGCGUCAGUCCGACCCUGUGUUACCUCCUCAAAGAGAAAAAACCGCUGUGCUGCCUCCAACUGGCUCAGACGUGCGAGCAUUGCAGCUACAGAAACGCACGAGAGUACCAGUGGCAGAACAAAACCAUAAUCUUGGCGGCAGAUUACGCCUCGAAUGGGAUCUACAACUUUAUCAUUCCGCUGAGGGCCCAUUUUAGGUCCAAAACGUCACUCAAUCCCAUCAUACUGUUGCUGGACCGUAGGCCGGACAUCGCGUUUCUGGACGCGGUAUCGUAUUUUCCUCUCGUUUAUUGGAUGAAGGGAUCCAUCGACAGUUUGGACGAUUUGCUACGAGCCGGUAUAACGCUGGCGGAAAAUGUGGUGGUAGUCAACAAAGAACUGUCAAAUUCCGCGGAAGAAGAUACUUUGGCCGACUGCAACACCAUCGUAGCUGUGCAAACUAUGUUCAAAUUUUUUCCGAGCAUAAAAAGCAUAACGGAACUGUCUCAGUCUUCGAACAUGCGUUUUAUGCAGUUCAGGGCGCACGACAAAUACGCCCUUCACCUGUCGAAAAUGGAAAAGGUAACUUUCUCCCACAAUGAAUUAUCGAUAAUCGAUAUUAUUGAAAAGGAAAAAGAAAGAGGCUCGCACAUAUCGUACAUGUUUCGUUUACCGUUCGCCGCCGGAAGCGUAUUUAGUGCUAGUAUGCUAGACACCCUGUUGUAUCAAGCAUUCGUCAAGGACUAUGUUAUUACGUUUGUCAGAUUGCUGCUUGGUGUCGAUCAGGCUCCGGGGUCCGGAUUUUUAACUUCCAUGCGCAUAGGAAAAGACGACAUGUGGAUCCGAACGUACGGCAGGUUGUACCAGAAACUUUGCUCGACCACUUGCGAAAUACCGAUCGGUAUCUAUCGGACGCAAGACACCUCGUUGUCCGAUUCGUCACACGUGAGUAUUCCGUCAUCGACAUGGUCGAGCUGCGUACGUGUGCCAUCGCUUGACGAGGAUUUGGGUCCGGAUAGAGUAGGUGUUACUUAUCGGCCCAAGGAAGGGACCAAUUGUCUCGGUUGUUCUAACAGGCGUAGCUCUAUGUAUUCCGUAAAUAUGGGCGACGAAGCCAAAGAUAACCACAAUCAGCAGAUAGAGAGGGCCGAGAUCGCGAAUCUGGUGAGGUCGCGCAUGGAAAGCCUCAAUCUGCCGACCAUCGACUACAACGACGUCAGCGAAAAACGCAACAGCCUGUCCUACGUCAUCAUAAACCCCAGCUGUGAUCUUAAACUAGAGGAAGGCGACAUCAUAUACCUGGUGCGGCCCAGUCCGUUUUCCGCUCAGAAAACGUUCGAACGACACAACAGCCGACGAAAAUCAAACAUUAGUUUCUGCUCGCAAAACCUUCUCCAGCAGCUGAGCAACAGCGCUCAAUUAAGCGGGCGACGAGGUUCGGGUCUCGGCUUAACCGGAUAUCAAUCGCCGAGACCGCCGCCACUGGCCACUACCAAAUCGAACUCGUUGUCGUUGCCGGACAGUCCGACCGUCAACACUUACCAACGAGGAAGAUCGAACUCGUUACGAGUGGUCGACGACAUAUUGCUGAGGAGAUCGAAUUCGCUGAGGCAAGGUUUACCUGCGGUCGGUACGGGCCAAAGAAAAAGCAGCUUGGAGGACAUCGGCUUGUCCCAUUUCUCCACCAAUUUCCAAAAUCCGAUAAAAAUCGCCCUGAACGACAGCAUCGGACUCGAGGUGACGCCACCGGAAGAAAACAGUCCGCCGAUCAUAUCGAGCAAUACGGCGCUACUGGUGAAUCCGACUCUGGGUCCGUCGAUACGUACCGGCAGUACUCUGAGCCUGCAAUCGUUGGGACAACCGGCAAAUUUCGGAUUCAACAUUUCGCCUUACGGCGAGCCGAUGCCGACGCCCCAAGUGGCAUUACCUACGCCUGCAGCAAGCGAUCCUCAGAACCUUCAAGGGACCAUAGUAUGAUAUAACCUUAUGUGGGGUAAGAGAGGCGGCAGUCUUAGAAAAAAAUGGCUGUAAACUCUCCCCGACCUCACUAUACAAACCUGUAUACAUUUUUUUUUAUAAGUAACUCACUUUUCUUGGUACCACAUUAGGCCUUAACACACUUUUCUUCUCUCUAUUGUUAUUGAUUGGGAUGCCGAUUAAGAAAACUUAAAAUACAAUGUAAAAAAUUACCCUAAUUACCGUUAUGGCUAAAAUUAUAAGAGAACAAUAAAAUCAAAUGGCUCUUAACUGCCGGUUAAUAUUUUAUUACCCUCUUAUAAUUCUCAUGCCAUUAUAAAAUUCGGGCACAUUACAAAAAAACAUCAACUUCACAUUUGUUUAAUAUAAAUAAUUUGCCAGUUUUUCUGCUAAUGCAAAACGUAAUGAGUCCUGUAUAUACUUGCAAGAGUCUGCGUGAAAACUCCUUGUAAAUACGAGAUUGAGGUUUAGUAAGUUAUUUGUUAGUUGUUCGUCAGUAGAUCCAAAUUCUUUUUAUUUUGCGUGAAUUAUAGACUGAACCUGUUCUAAAACACGUUUCUUUAAAUCUACUUAACGCUUAAUUAGUAUGGUUGUAAAUAUAGGUAGACCAAGAGCAAGCGAUAUUAUCAUUUUGAAAAAAAAAAUUACAUUCAUUUUCAUUAAACGUCGCUUUCUCUUGACCUAUUACUGAAUAUAGUUAAAUAUUGGCCAAUUUAAUUUCGACGAGAUUAAAAUAAUAAUUACUUAUCUAACUAUAUUCAUGGUAUAUAGCAUCAUCAUAGCAAAUACCGUCCAUUUUACUUUUCCUCGGUGUACAUAUAUUUAUAAUUGGUUAUCGUGGUCUCUUAGGUUUAAGACUGCAGUGUGGUCCAAUAACAAUCUAUAUAGCUAAACAAACCUUGAACAUAUCUAUCCCUAAGUGAAUAUAAUAUACAUAUAUUUUUCUAGAUUAGACCAAAACGAGAGAUUAUACAUUUUAAGACCAAGGUGCUUUGGUAUUACUGCUUUAUUUAAUGUACAUAUUACGAAUAUACGUAGGCCGAUUUAUGCCGAAAAAAAAAAUUGUAUCGGAUUAAUCAGCGACAUUGCGUUGGAAAGUCUGGAAAGCAGCACGUACUCGUUGACCAGGUACCUACGUCCGGAUAACAAGUGCUGGACGAAAUUCAAAUUGUUCGCUACGUUUUUUAUCGUUAAAACCGUUGAAAUUUUAAAAAAUACACACUUCAAUUGGAUAUCUAAAAAGUUAAAUGUAAAAACAUUGACAAUAAUUUUUGGUACCUGUCGAAUCAGUAAACUGUUAGUUUGGUGCAAUGUUACUGACAGCAUCCGUGUUCUUUAUAUGUAUAUAAAGUGUUUGCCAAACUUUCUUUGUACACAAUUUUCAGAAAAUGUAAGAUUGUUAAGCGCACACCACACCAGCGACAGAAAUUCCCGACUUGAAGGCUUAAAGACGAAAAAUUUGUCGGGUUUGAUACUUCAGUGCUUUAAAUUUGCCAAAUUAUAAGAACUAUACCCGCGGCUCAUAAAAACGACUAUAAGAAAUAGCAAAUAAAUAUAUAAUGAGGUAAACUUUCCAGCAACACGGGUUCAUGCCGGUCACAUGACUCUGAACAACCAAUAAAAUAAAUACACUUUAAUUUUUGUCCCCUGACGUUUGAUAGGUUGUUUAUGAUCAUGUGACUCGCGGAGCAAUGCGCGUCAGGAAGACUUAAAACAAAGCCAAUUUAUUUCCACCCACCACUCAGUUCAAGCUUUAGAUUGUUGAAAACUUAGAUUUUAGGCAAUUGUCAUAUCAAAAAAUGUAGGAAUUUUUUUUGGAAAGUUCACCCCACCAAUGUAGGAUAUAUAUAAGUAGUACCGUUGCUCUAGAACACUAAAAACGGUUAGCUUCAUCAUUAGUAAUAAAACACGAAAUAUGUAAACUGUCUGUUCCCCUUUUAUUUUCAUUAAACUUUCAUAGGGUGUAAACUUCAUUACUAAUUUUUUCAGUAGGGCUUUAGUUCCCUAAACGCUGCACCAUGAUAUGUAAAAGAGAAAACUGU